CAAGUGAAGAUGAAUUUGAUAUAGCAGAAUUAUGCUUUUCAAGUAAUGUUGAGACGAAUAUGUUCGAUGAAAUUUUGAACGUUAACAGACAACUGCAAAUGGCAGAAGAAACUAUUGGGUUACCUGGAUCUAAAACUGAAAUUGACAAAUUUAUUGAUUUAGAGGAAGAAUUAUAUCCUCUAACAAAAUGA